CCAACAUCGGCUUCCCACAAUCUUCAUUCACUGUACAUUUCCCCAGGUUCAAUACAAUGAUGGCUAUCCCAGGCGAUUACAAUGACUCGAUCUUGCAGUUAGGUUCACCGACUGCAAUCUUGCCCCCAGUCGGGGGAUUAUAGCUAUGCUGCCCGAAUACAAUUAGUUUCAUAUCUCCACUUCGUAUGAUCGAGAGCAUGGCGUUUCGUGGCUAUACGUUUUCCUGACCCCUUGAUGUAGGCAUUUAUCUUUGAGCAUCGACAACGGGUAUGGGCUUGAAAUGCGUCGUGUGUUCCCAAUGAGUGAUAUAGAAUCAGCACAAUUAAAAUGGUUCGGCACUCUUGUGGAGAAUCGCAACAGGAAAUUCCAUUCGCAAUUCGUUAUAGUGACAUUUAACUUGGUGGCGAGCUCAAAUUUGGAAUCCGGAUAUGAGACCGAGGGUUCCCAAAACCCGACUGACAACGUAUUGUUGGGAAGUUCAGGCUAGCAUGAUCCGAAUUUGGCUUCGAAAGAGUGAAUCGAGAAGAAUCUCGGGUAUGCCUGACUGGUAAUCACUCGUUAAUUAGGGGGUAACUCCCUCGCAGGAUUUCGCCAGGCGCGGGCAGUUGAACUUGGGGUUGUGGCAGGAUUAUCCGUUUCAAAUCAUUGCCGUACCAUAGCUGCCUCGGUUUGACAAGGGCUGCUUAGCAACAAUCAUGUACUCAGGUUCGAUUUGAUUCUGUUGCGAUCGCAAAGAGUCGGUGUAAGAAAGCAAAUCCCAUCACUCCAGAAAUCCUUGUGCUUGGAUUGUAAAGACAAUAGGGCAAGAUUUACAAUAUGCUGCCGACAAAUUUGG